GCCGGAACUGCUCUGGCUGGCUGGCUGCUGUUGCUGGGACUUGGCGUGGCUGCUGAAAAUUCAGAAUUCAGUAUGAAACGACAAAGCGCCGUCUACGCACGGUGAACGAAUCGAGAGCGGAUAAAGUUUGUGACGUUGAUGUGGAAACCAAAUUGUAAGAAGAAGCAGCAGCUGAUUUGUAGUAGAAUCAGCAAGGCAGAAUUGUUGGCUAAACGACAUACAUAAGUGAAAAUAAAUAUUUAGCGCAAACGAAUUGAAUUUAGCGAAAAAUGAUUUAAAAAAUAUUAAAAAAAAAUAAAGUGUUAAGGUGUUGAACGGCAAAUUUGUGUGAAAAUCAUUCUGGUUUUCAAGAAAACGUGGAAAUAAAGCUGUCCGGAGCUGGUGUGCGCUGUUGAAUGCCCUUACGUGGGCAACCGAAGUGCAGGUGUGUCAGAAAAUAAGCGAGUAUCUGUCAGUGUUCGCCACGGCUGCUGAAAAAAGUGAGAGGGGAGAUUUUAUUGCUGGCAAAUAAGGGACAGGCACGCACGAGGCUGCGGAACCGACAGCCAGCGUCUUCUGAUGAGUGACAAUUUCGUACGGCCAAAAAUAAACGGUAUUACGCGUAAAUUACAACAAAAGCAAAGCAAAACAGGCAAUAAAUCAAACGCACAAGGCAAAAGAGCCCAUGGCGAAGGCGCUAAAUACACAGAUACAUAGAUACACAGUGAAAAAAAUAUCUGUUGAAUGCGUGAGUAGCUAUUUUUGCCGGUAAAAUUAACGGUAAACGUGUGUGUUGCCAGUGCGUGCGUACGCUGCGGCUGAGGGUCAAGUGUGUGUAGUGGAAAUUAGUGAAAAUUUAGAGAAGAAAAAUCGUGCAAAAAAUAUUACAAUAACAAAAGUGGAGUGGCAACCGCAAAGCCAAUAAAAUAUUUAAUUAGAAAAUACUUACAAAUCCAUCAGCAGCCAUAAAACAAAAACAAAAACAAGAAAAUGAAAAUGACAGUCAACAUCUAUGAAAUGCUCUUGCUGCUGUUUGCGCUUGUCUGCCUGUGCAGCGCCCUGCCCUCGCCCGAACCGCAACCGCAACCGGAACCGGCGCUCUUGAGCAGCUACAAGCCCUCCUUCAUAUCGAAUCCAGCCAUCUACACCUACACUGUGGCGGAGAAUCAGGCACAAAAGCAACAACCACAACAACAAAAACAGCAGCAACAAGCGCAAGUCAAACAACAACAACAAGAGUACACAAAAGCUUGGCAGAGCAAUGAUAUUGACUACAACACCAAUAGCAAUGGCAAUAGCAACAACAAUAAUUACUUCAAUUAUGCCAGCAACAGCAAUAAUGAACAAUUUAGCAGCAGCAGCAGCAGCUCGAGUGACUCUGCUUCCGCCGCCUAUCAGAAUCACUACUACACCAGUAGUAAAUUUAGUGGCGUUUCGUUGGCUACACCAACAACAACAACUACGCCCGCAACACCCACUCAACCGUUGCCGGUGAGCGGUUGUCAAUUGGAUCGUCUGGCUGUUUAUAAGGUUGUCUUGCACACCUAUUGGACGCGUGAUCUAUUCCCCAAACACUAUCCGGAUUGGAGGCCAACCGCGCAAUGGACGAAAACUUUAGGUCGCACCCACGACGCAUCUUAUGCGCUCUUCCACAUCGGCCAGCAGGCCACGGCGGGCGUCAAACAAUUCGCUGAAACUGGCAAAAGUGAUUUGCUGGACAGCAUUGUGGGCGAGCAGCAACAACAACAGAUGCACUAUCAACAGUUACAACAGCAACAAAACGCCGCAAACGGAAAUUCAUUUGCAGGCUUUGUGCCAACGGCGAGCGCAGUGCGGGGUGGCGCUGGCGCUGGCGCUGGUGAACGCAGCGUUUUCGACGAGUUCAACAUACCGGCUGUGUUGGUGGGCGACGGCCGGCAGGAGACGAAAUUCUUUGUCGACAGCAAUCACAGUAUGGUGUCGCUAAUGACGCGCAUUGUGCCAUCGCCCGAUUGGUUUAUCGGCGUCGAUUCGUUUCAGCUCUGCGUCGGCGGCUCUUGGAUUGAUACGGUGACCGUCGAAAUGGAUCCACUGGACGCGGGCACCGACAAUGGCUUCACCUUUACCGCACCCAAUUGGCCGACGUCGCCACAAGGUGUCAUCUAUCGCAUCACCUCACGCUAUCCAGCACAUCCGGCUAGCAGUUUCUUUUAUCCGAAGAGCAAGCGCCUACCGCCGAUAGCGACAUUUCAAUUUAUUAAGUUGAAGGAGUAUGAGCUGAGUGAAGUUUUCAACUUUGCCGAAGACGAUCGCAAAUAUGAGACAGUGAAGACGCAAACACACUUGGAAGCGGAACAUGACUCCACCAUCACUAAUAAUGAGCUUUCAGCCAGCAUUGAACGAGAGCGGCAAAAUGAAAUCUCCGCGCAACCCACAUCGGUGACGGAGAGAGAUCGCAUACGAUCGCGUUUGUUGGCUAAAAUGAAUCCAGGCUAUAAUAACAACAGCAAUGCCGCCGCCGCCAACGGUAAUACCGCGAAUAUAGUGCCGAAAAAUGAUAAAAAUGCCAUCAUGCAGAACAUCGCCAGCAGCUAUCAGCGCACGGAGGCGAGCACAAACAGCAGCGCCACAGCCGCCAAUUGGUUGGGUCCACUGCCGAAGCGACGCCGCACGAAAUCACGCACGAAGUCACGCGAUUGCCGUGUCAGUCAUUGGUCAGAGUGGUCGGCCUGCAGCAAAACGUGCGGCAUCGGUGAGAUGCAUCGAUAUCGCAAGGUCAUCCGGCAUGGCAAACGCGGCGGACGGCCAUGUCCCGCGCUGCAGGAGUCCAAAUGGUGCGGCACAGAGAAGGGUUGCCACUCGCCGGCGACUUAUUUCAAUUGGUCCACCACAUGAAGGACGCAGCGCAGCAAACGUAGUUGGUAAAGUAAUAAAGUAAUUAAAAUAAUAAAAAUAAUUUGAGGCAAGCAAAAUAUAUUUGAAAAUGUGGAAAAUAUUUAAAUAUAUACAGAAAUAUAUGCAAAUAAAUAUUUACGUAUAUAUGUAUAAGUAAAAAUCGCAAAACAUCUGUACGAUCAUAUUCGGCUCGCUUUUGCAUGGUUAAAUUUUUUCCCUUUUUUUAACAAAAUUACAUUAUAUAUUUUGAAACUAUUACGCAUCAGAUUUUUGAUUAGUAAUACUUUAUUUUUAUUUUUAUUUUUUUUUUUUUUUAAUUUUUUUAUAAUUUUUUUUGAUUAUUAAUUUCUAAAUUUUUUUUUCUUAUGAAAGCAAUUUUUUCAAAAGAAAUUUAGAAAAAAAAAUAUUAAAAAAAUAAUGUAUAU